UGGCGCCCAGUCGGAACUAUCGCCCUCCGCGCGGCCGUGAGGAGGCUGAGGCUGCCCCUUCCCCCCGCUCCCGGCCUGCCGGCGUGGGGUGCCCCUUCCGCCCGUUUCCUUCCUCCCCGGGGAAAUAAUGAAAAAAGUGUGCCACAACUCUUGAUCAGAGACCUGAAGUUUGAGGAGUCAUUAGCUAAGCUCAUGUUUUCUCCUGAUCAAGAAAAUCAUCCAUCAAAAGCACCAGUCAAAUAUGGUGAAUUGAUUGUAUUGGGGUACAAUGGGUCUCUCCCAAAUGGAGAUAGAGGAAGAAGGAAAAGUAGGUUUGCUUUAUUUAAAAGGCCCAAGGCAAAUGGGGUGAAACCCAGCACAGUGCACAUUGCCUGUACCCCUCAAGCAGCAAAGGCAAUAAGUAAUAAGGACCAACACAGCAUAUCUUACACUUUGUCUCGGGCCCAGACAGUGGUAGUUGAAUAUACACAUGACAGCAACACAGAUAUGUUCCAGAUUGGUCGGUCAACGGAGAGUCCUAUAGACUUUGUAGUAACAGAUACAGUUCCUGGGAGUCAGAGUAAUUCGGAUACGCAGUCUGUGCAGAGCACAAUAUCAAGGUUUGCCUGCAGAAUCAUAUGUGAACGUAACCCUCCCUUUACAGCAAGAAUAUAUGCUGCAGGAUUUGACUCCUCAAAAAACAUUUUUCUUGGGGAGAAAGCUGCAAAGUGGAAGACAUCAGAUGGGCAAAUGGAUGGACUAACAACAAAUGGAGUUCUUGUUAUGCAUCCUCGUAAUGGAUUCACAGAAGACUCCAAACCAGGGGUGUGGAGAGAGAUUUCUGUGUGUGGGAAUGUGUUCAGCCUCCGUGAAACCAGAUCAGCUCAACAGAGGGGGAAAAUGGUUGAGAACGAGACGAACCAGCUGCAGGACGGCUCCCUGAUCGACCUGUGCGGGGCGACGCUGCUGUGGCGCACGGCCGAGGGGCUCUCGCGCACGCCCACCGUCAAGCACCUGGAGGCUCUGCGGCAGGAGAUCAACGCAGCCAGGCCCCAGUGCCCCGUGGGCUUCAACACCCUGGCCUUCCCCAGCAUGAAGAGAAAAGAUGUUGUGGACGAAAAGCAGCCGUGGGUGUACCUGAACUGCGGCCACGUGCACGGCUACCACAACUGGGGGAACAAGGAGGAGAGGGACGGCAAGGACCGCGAGUGCCCCAUGUGCCGCUCCGUCGGCCCCUACGUGCCUCUGUGGCUCGGGUGUGAGGCGGGAUUUUAUGUGGAUGCCGGACCUCCAACUCACGCCUUCAGCCCGUGUGGACAUGUAUGCUCAGAAAAGACAACUGCAUAUUGGUCCCAAAUCCCUCUUCCUCACGGUACUCACACUUUUCACGCAGCCUGUCCCUUCUGUGCGCAUCAGCUGGCUGGUGAGCAGGGUUACAUCAGGCUCAUUUUCCAAGGGCCUCUCGACUAACACAGGUGUUCCCAAGGACUGCAGUAAACUGAUAAGCUAAGCGAUUCUCAUUUUUAAACCAACUGUUUUUCCUAUUCUCUGGGCUUUGCUGGUUUGCAUUAAGAUGAAGAAUUUUUUUU